AUGAAUAGAAAAUUUCGAUGUGGUCGUUUGAUCUCAACUAAAGAAGGUAGAAUAAAAAAGCUCGAACUUGAAGAUGGUGGUGGUACUCGUUUCUGUAACUGGGAUACAAUAGAUAUGGAUUUCAAGUGUGUUCAUGAUCGUCUACUCGAUAUUUUUAAUUUAGAUAAAAAUAAAUGUAGAAAUUCAUUGUAUGAUUUUCAACGUCAUCCAUUAGAUAUUAAUCAAUAUAAAACAUUUUCAGAAUAUAUUAAUAAGAACGGACUUAAUUACAGUAGUAUAGUGAUUUAUCUUUGUACCUAUGAAGUUGGUUCUAAUAAUAGUUCAAUGAUUAUGUCGACAAAAACGAAGAAAAUAUCUACUGACACAAUAUCAUCACCCUCAAAUUCAUUCAACUCAGAGUCAAAAAUAUCUCUCAUAUCGAAAGAUAAUUCUUCAGUGAUAUCCAAUGGAAAUAAACAGAUUACCAUAGUCGAAGAAGAGCGUGAUCCAGAAGAAAGUUAUCAAUCUUUAGGCGCAUAUUCAUUUGAAAAAUCAAACAAUGAUUUAAUCAAUAAUAUACGUAUUUUCAUUACACAAACUGGUUUAGAUGAAAUUUUACUUCAACUAUUGAAAAAUAGUUGUAUAAUAUAUGGUUUUGUUCGUGCUAUUAUUGAUCCAUUAAAACAACACUUGUCAGAUUUAGAUGAAUAUUUUUCAUUAAUCAAUGAAUCUGAAAUCAAAUUAUACUCAGAUUGUUUAAAUAAUGUUUUCAGUAUUUGUCAAACAAUGAAAACAUUAAUAGAAUUACAUAAGAAAAAAUAUGAUCAUCUAAGGCAAUUUUCAAUUAUUGUGAAUCUAUUUUCACAAUUUCACAAAAAUCUAAAGAUUUUAUCAAAUCGAUGGUUUGAUUAUGUUGAAAAAAACAACAAAACAUCAACUUCAAUUACAUCAUCAUUCAUUCUUUCCGCUGAAUCAAUAUCUUUUCAUUCGAAUAUAAAAAGUUCGCCUAAAGAUCAUUAUGAAACAAAUACAGAAAUUUCUACUGAACAAUUACAAACAUCAUUUUCAUCUUCUUCUCGAGUAUCAUCAAUUCAACAAUCAUCUGAUGAUACUAAGGCUAGAAGUUUCAAAAAAUUUCGACAAUUACUUAGUCGCUUAACUCAUUUAUUAGAUAUUCUACAAGAUCACAAUUUCUUAUCGUGUUAUCGAACUGCUAAAUCAGUACUUUGUGAACUAAAGCCUAUACGAUUAAAUAUGAAUUCAAUGACUUCCGAUGAAAUACUUAAAGCAAAAACUCAGAUUUUAUUAACAAGAAAGAAAUUUAAAACAGGAUUGCAGGAAUUUAAAUUAAAACAUUCUGAACAUCAGCGUAGUCAACAAAUUAUUCAUUUUUAUAAAGGUAUUUUAAACUCAUUUGGAUGUGUUUUUGAAACGAUUAAUCUUUAUCAACCAUCAAACAAUAACAGUAAGAAACAAAAACAAUCAAAACAUAACAGUUCAAUGAAAUGCACUGAAAAAGAAUCAAAAUAUGCUUCUACUCGUUCUAACAAUGAAACAUCAAAUGAAUCAUUUUCGUCGACUACACAUUGA